CAUUUGUUUGGUAUUAUCUCUCCCCCCUCGCUCGCUACACUACCACCCCGCGAACGCGACGAUUCUGUAUAUAUAUAACGGCGUUCGAACAUUGUUUAGCCACCAUUCGCCCGUUGAGCGUCGUCACUGCGUCGCGCGUCGUGCGUGUUUGUGUACAUUUAGUUUCGUGUUUUUUAUAAAAAACAUAUAUAAUUAUGACCGGUCGCGGUAAGGGAGGCAAAGGUCUGGGAAAGGGAGGAGCUAAGCGUCACAGGAAGGUACUCCGUGAUAACAUCCAAGGUAUCACCAAGCCGGCCAUCCGUCGUCUCGCCCGCAGAGGAGGCGUCAAGCGUAUCUCCGGUUUGAUAUACGAGGAGACUCGUGGUGUCCUCAAGGUGUUCCUCGAGAACGUGAUCCGCGACGCGGUCACUUACACCGAGCACGCCAAGAGGAAGACCGUCACUGCUAUGGACGUCGUCUACGCUCUGAAACGUCAGGGCCGCACCCUCUACGGUUUCGGUGGUUAAGUCUACCAUCGCCGCGCCGGCGU